AGGCCUCUGUGAAGCCUGAACUCCAGUAGGGCCCAAGCCAGCCAGGAAGGAGGAGGCAGCCAGAGUGGCCACCACUGUUCUCUGCAGCAGAAGAGCCCUUGCUGCCAGGCUGCAAAGGCUGAGGACCCUCCUGCGCAAGCGGAGGCCCAAGUCUGGUCCACCAGAAGGAAGCAGCAAAAGAAAAGAAGAGGGUGCCACAGUGCCCAUGGCUGCUCAUCCCAAGAGCUGGCACUUGAUAGCCUGCUGCAGAAAGCCAAGAGACCACCAGGAUCCUGAACGGCAGGGGAGUUUUGGCAUCAGCACUCCAUCAGCCGCUCCCAGAACCAAAUGGUACCAUCUGUGCAGGAGGAGGGAGGCUUUCGCUGUCAAGGAUGGGAGAGAUGCACACAAAAAUAGGCAAAGCUCCAGAGCAUUUGGAAACCAGUCUGGAGAUUCAUUAGUCAGCAGUAUGCACUGCACCCUCAUCUCCUCAGAUGAAUCAGAGCUGGAGGACCUAAAACUGGGUGAGGAGCUCAUGGUGGACCGCUCCACACAGAUGGUCUGGGAAGACCUGAGCGAUACUGAGAGGCAAAGCUCCAGAGCAUUUGGAAACCAAUCUGGAGAUUCAUCAGUCAGCAGCAUGCACUGCUCCCUUUUCUCCUCCAGCUCCUACCAGUCUGAGGUGGAGGACUGCAAAGUGGAUGAAGAACUAAUCAAAAUCAUCCACAGGCAUAUGGAGGACAGAGAGGAGGUGGUGAUGGAGAAGUCCCCUGUGCAGUCUGGGCCUACCAUUCUCCUGCUUUAUGCCAUGGCUGCCGUCUCCCGCCUCAGCAAAAUCAAGCCUCCAACUGACCCAGAGCUAGAGUCUGCGAUCCUGCACUUCGCUGUUCGUGGGCUCAUAACAAUGCAAGCAGGAAAUGUCCACAAAAAGGCUCUGCACAAACUCGCAGCAGACAAUCUGGAGCUGAUGCUGAGGGGUUUUUUGUCAGAGGCCCCAACCACACAGCAUCUCUUGUCCCUCCUGGAGCAGGUUGGAGGCCCUUGAGAAGGCUGGGGCCCCUGCUGGACCCGACACUCCAUCUGAACCUUCUGGUCCAUCGAUGCCUUCGCCAGAUCCGCUGGGGCAGCCGGCUCCUGCACGACCUCCGGACCCGGUUCCUGCACUGCCUGGACCUGUUUCACCUCAGCCUGUGGCGCCGGCGGAGCAGCCUCUUCGGGAUCCGUCUCUCCCUUUGGCCCCGGGUGAGCCAGCAGCACCGACACCCCCCGGCAGCACCGGCCAGUGGCCUUCUAUACCCUGGCCUGUGCCUGCCAUGGGGGAUGGGGACCAGCCACAUACUGGUCCCCCUAUGCGCACACUUGGGGUUCAGGGUUCACUCCACCCAUGAUAGGUAACGUGUUGGGCCUCCAGGGCUCGGCCAAACAGAUCUGGGGUGUCAAUAGGCCCUCCGGCGCGCCCAUCAUCUCGUCUGCGAACAACACUACUGCCCCGGUCCCCGCGCCUAGCAGCCCGGGGUUCUAUCCUAUGGGCAUUACCCCCACACCCCAACACGCCCCGUAUGGGAGGAUGGGGCUUCCUUUAGGAGACCACUUGCUCCCUGCCACAAAGGAAAAGAUCUUAAAGGGAGAGUACAUAGACAUCUUUAGCCUGCUGUUCAGGGAACCCGAAGUUAAACAUAAAGAAAGAGAGUCCUGCAAGGAACAUGAGGCUACGAAGCGGAAACCGGUUGAAAAGACAUGGAGCAACUGGCUCUCCAGCUUUACCAUAUACAUGGGGGUAAUUGUGCAGGCGCAGCCGGCUAGGGGCCCCUCCUUGCUGAAAUACAUGGAUAUUAUCCACAGGGCCGUCUCUGAUUUUGCAGGAUCCGCUUGGAUCUGCUAUGACGAAAGUUUUAGGAUGAGAGCGGCCCUUGAUCCAUCUUUGCCCUGGGAUGCCCAGCUACAGGAAUUGUGGCUUGUGAUAAUGUCCCCAGCCCGCCCGGUUGAAGGGGACAGAUCUGAUAGCAGACACUUGUUGUCUAAGCCGCUUGGCUCCGUGUCUACUACUGGGUCAGGCCAUCAGUGGGUUCAACCCCACUUGGUCUGCUGGGAGUACAACUCAAAUGGUAGGUGCUCCCGGUCACCCUGCCGUUACAGGCACGCGUGUGGCCUCUGUGGGUCCAAACACCCCAGUUCAGGCUUCCCUCGGACCCAUUCCUCUGGUUCGGGAGGCAAGUUUCGGUCGGGAGGUGGUAGGAAGGGUGGCCCCCCUCCACCCGCUGCGGGUAAAGGGGCCCAGCCCCAUCAAGCUUGAGGUGUUGGGCCACCUGUUGCAGGAUUAUCCCGAUGGAUCGGCGGCUUCCUACUUGUUUUUUGGUUUCCGGGAUGGGUUUCGCAUCCCUUCAUCUUCUAGGCAGGGGUCCAUCACAACACGUAACCUCAAGUCCGUUAUAGGUCAGGAGCAGGUUGUCUUAAGGAAAAUCGCAAAGGAAGUCGCGGCCGGUAGGGUUGCGGGGCCUUUUCAGACCCCUGCCUUCCCAGGGCUGCACGUUUCACCGCUUGGGGUGGUACCCAAGAAGGUGCCAGGUGAAUUCCGGCUAAUUCACCACCUCUCUUACCCCAAAGGGUCGUCAGUCAAUGACGGCAUCCCCGACACUUUGUGUUCCGUCCGCUACACAUCCUUUGAUGAAGCGGUCCAGGUUGUUCACAGUAAAGGGGUGGGAGCUCUCUUAGCCAAGUGUGAUAUCGAGUCCGCCUUCCGCCUGCUGCUUGUCCAUCCAGCUGAUUUUGAGCACUUGGGAUUUGCCUUCGCUGGUCAGUUCUAUUUUGACCGAGCGUUGCCCAUGGGCUGCUCGAUUUCAUGUGCGGCCUUUGAGGCUUUUAGCACUUUUUUAGAAUGGGCAGUGCGGCGGAGGGCGGGGCUUGUGUCAACGGCCCAUUUUUUUUGAUGACUUUGUCUUUGUAGGGAGGGGCAAUUCUGGGGAAUGUUGUCACCUGCUGUGCUCCUUCAUGGAGUUAGCAGCGGAACUUGGUGUCCCUCUAGCGCAAGAUAAGACGGAAGGCCCAGCUACCCGGUUGUCUUUCCUAGGCAUUGAGCUUGACUCAGUAGCAGGGUGCUCCAGGUUGCCCCCUGACAAGUUGCAAGCCUUGCUGGCUUUGGUUAGGACCCCAGGGGAGGCCCGAAAGGCUUCCCUGAGGGAACUGCAGGUGGUAGCCGGUCACCUGAAUUUUGCCUGCAGGGUGGUUGCCCCUGGUAGGGCUUUUCUGAGAAGACUCUGCGAUCUCAUGGUAGGCCUUCAGGCCCCGCACCACAGGGUGCGGAUCUCCGAAGGAGUCAGGGCCGAUUUGGCCCUGUGGGAAACCUUUCUUCUCACAUUUAAUAGUACCUCGCUCUGGCGGUCUGAACAGCUUUUAGAAGCCGACUUGCAGGUCCAUUCGGAUGCGGCUGGAGGGGCUGGGUUUGGGAUCUAUUUUAGGGGCCGGUGGUGUGCUGCCCCCUGGCCUGCAUUGUGGGUCGAACGAGGGUUAGUUAGGGACAUGACUUUUCUCGAGUUGUUCCCCAUUGUGGUUGCAGUCCACAUCUGGGAGGGGGAGUUUGCCAACUCUUCUGUGAGGUUCUGGUGUGAUAACCAGGCCGUGGUGCACAUUGUCAAUACCCAAACCUCACACUCACGGAGGGUCAUGUGCUUGGUCAGAGCACUGGUGCUCCAAUGCCUGCGGGCGAAUAUAGUCUUUCAGGCCUGCCAUGAUCCGGGGAUAAAAAAUGAGAUCGCUGACGCCUUGUCUCGUUUUCAGAUAGACAGAUUCAGGGCGUUAGCUCCCGAGGCAGCGCGGCUCCCGGACCCCAUGCCAGCAGUCCUGUGGCAGCUUGGCAAUUGGAAGCCCAGCAGGCCAUAGCAGCGUCACUGGCACCUAGUACCAGGGCGAGUUACGCAGCCAAGAUAGAGGCUUUUGCCCAAUUCCGGAAGGCUGAAGGUUUGGCAGAGUCUUGGCCUGCCCUGGUUGGUCACCUGCAGCAGUUUUUAGUCUCACUACACAAAGCGGGGCGAUCUGGGUCUACUUUGGGCGGUUACUUGUCGGCCUUGUCUUUUGAGGCUCAGGUUAGGGGGGUCGGGGAUUCCUCCUCCGAUCCACGUAUCAGGCGUAUGUUGGAGGGAUGGGCCAGGAUGUCUCCGGCGCUGAUUGACAGCAGGCGCCCGAUUAUGCUGGACAUGUUGGCUUCCAUUUUGGGUCGCCUGGACGGCUGUUGCUCCAACCCUUGGGAAGUUUCCCUCUUUAGGGCAGCGCUUCUGGUUGCCUUUUUUGGCGCAUUUCGCCCCUCUGAGUUGCUGCCGCGUAGCAGCUGUUCCCCACGGGAUUGUUGUCUCCAACUUUCUGACUUAACAUUUGAGGCCGGUACGGCUAACCUGUGCCUCUGUCGAUCUAAGACGGAUCAGAGGGGCAAGGGUCACUUGGUCAAGUUAGCAGAGGCUACUGGUUCUGCGCUCUGCCCGGUGGCAGCCCUUAGGCAUUACACUGGACUGUGUCCCCGGCCUGGGGGAUGCUUGUUUCUUCAUGGGAGCGGCUGCCCAUUGACACAAUAUCAGUUUCUGACAGUGAUCAGGAAGGUCCUUAAGGAAGCCAGGAUCCCCACAGCUGGGCUCACCCUUCAUUUCUUCCGGAUAGGGGCUGCCUCUACUGCUUCCGGAUUGGGCAUGACUGAGGAUGCCGUGCGGCGGAUUGGGCGUUGGAGGUCCGUGGCGGUCAGGCGGUAUGUGCGCUGACAGUGGCCAACGUCUCAUGGUUUCUCUUCUGUGUUUCUCCCUGCAGGUGCUGGUGGAGCGCCGGCUCCAGUCCAGGUCCUGGUGUGUGGCCAUUCGCUGGUCUUCUGGGCCUUCAGGUGGGCCAGCACCUCGCAGUGGGGCACACAGUUGGGUUUCGGCCGGAGGGCCUCUAUAUAUUGGUUGGGCAUGCGUGGCAUGCUAUGGGGCCAGCUGCUCCCCACGGUUAGGAACCAUUUAGAUAGUUUUCCUGCCCCUCAAGUGGUAAUUUUACAUUUAGGUGAGAAUGACUUGGGCCGGCGAACUGGCCUCUCAAUUAUUCGGCAAGCCGCAUCCGAUUUCAAGGUUCUUCGGAGCUGGAUCCCGGGGGUAUACAUCCUUUGGGUUAACUGGCUCCAGCGUAGAGUCUGGAGGGGGGUGUCUUCGGGUCUUGGGGUGGAGAAAGCCCGUCGCAAGGCUUCAGCGGCCCUAGGCCAUAUGGUUAGGGCUGCUGGAGGUAAAGUUGUACUCCAACCAGGGAUAGCUGCACGCCUACCUCAGCUGUACCGACCCGACAGGGUUCAUUUGUCCGAGGUUUGGUGCGAUUUGUACCUGAGCAAUAUUCGGAGGGGGCUUGCCGAGUUCUUGGAGGUUUAUGGGGCAGGGAGGUCAAGCGUGGGCUAACCUCCCUGUGUGGCAGUAGCAGUGCGGGCUAAGGGAAAUUGAGGUUAGAUCUCGGUGAGCACCCUUGGGUAUUCUAAGGUUGAUUGGUUAAUUGCUCCUUUGUUGCCUGUGCGGCACGGGGAGAACGAUUGCCAAGAAACCAGCUUCAGGACUUCACCAGCCUUUGGGCUCUGCGGUCCGGGGUGGUUGAAGUCCUUGAAGUAUCCAGAUCACUUCCUGAAAAGGGGGUGGUUGGCUGUGAAGGGAUUGGGCGGGUCAUUCCUGCCCUAUUUCCUGAGCCAGGGUUUGUCGCCCAUGCAGGCUAUGUGCAGGGCUUUGGGUCCUUGCUCAUGCCUAGGAGCCCGCACUGUUGUUUAGCGGUGAUUAAUCACCUAAAGUUCCAGUUCGCCAUGUUGUAAUUUUAAUAAAGUUGUGGCCCUUUUCACCAUA